CUUCGUAGCUUGUCAGUAGGUCAUCGUCUAGCUUCUGCUGGAGCGUCAAAGGCCCAAACUGUGCCAGACCCGACCCAACAUUCUCCCCCUCGUCCGCACCGCACCACCCAACAUCGCACCGCCGGCACGCCUUCAGCUCGCACAAAGAUCCAGUUCUAUUCUCGUGCUUGUGCGCGCGCGUGCAACCCACGAGCCACCGAACCACCGGUACUCGCGGCUGAAAGAGCUGACCUUACCACGAAAGGACGUUUCACUUCGCUGUCCCGAUCGAAUCGCCGAGGAGCAUGCGGUGGUGGCAGUAGUCCAGUUGGAGAAAGAAAAACACCCGCUGCCCUACAGAACUAGCCGAGGACAACAACAGCGUCAACACCAAUUUUUCCAGAGAACUGCCCCGCGAGAAACAAACGCCAUCGCGAGAAAACAUAUUUUCCCGUAUCGAUAUCGAUAGCAGACAACUUCGCCCAGCAUGGCGCCGGGCGUCGUCCACAACAUCGCCUCGCGAUUCCACCGAAGCAGUUCGCAUAGCGCGAACGGAAGCGCAGAUGCAGCCGAGCAUGAGAACGAGAAGCAAAGACUGUCGGAGUGGGAGGCCGACAAGCGACCAUUGGAGCCGGAUGAGAUUGUCGUAGAUCCGCAGCACAAACCAGUGGGGCACUCGAGCAAGCACCUGCGCCGCGACGAUUUUGAUCUCGUCAAAACGCUGGGCACUGGCACAUUCGCGCGCGUCUGGCUCGUGCGUCUGGCGAAUCGAAAAGAGGAGACCAAGAACAAAGUGUUUGCGUUGAAGAUUCUUCGAAAAGCAGAUGUCAUCCGGCUGAAGCAGGUUGAGCAUGUUCGAAACGAACGAAAUGUUCUGGCCGCCGUGGCUGGCCACCCUUUUAUCACGACCAUGGUCGCGAGUUUUCAAGACCCGGAGUCAUUAUACAUGGUGUUAGACUACUGCCCAGGCGGAGAAGUAUUUUCCUACCUACGACGAGCACGAAGAUUCAACGAACCUACAUCACAAUUCUAUGCCGCAGAAAUUGUCCUGAUACUGGAAUUCCUGCACGAGCGCGAAGGCGUCGCGUAUCGAGACCUUAAGCCGGAGAACAUACUAAUCGACGCUGAAGGACAUCUAAAGCUCGUGGAUUUUGGUUUCGCGAAAAAGAUUGAGAAUCGCGAGACUUAUACGCUAUGUGGCACGCCCGAGUACCUUGCCCCCGAGGUGAUUCGAAACACGGGCCACGGCACAGCAGUGGACUGGUGGGCAUUUGGAAUUCUGAUCUACGAGUUUCUAGUUGGACAACCUCCAUUCUGGGACCAGAAUCCUAUGAAGAUUUAUGAACAGAUUGUUGAAGGCAAAGUGCGAUAUCCGAGUGCCAUGUCGAAAGACGCAAGAGAUAUUAUUGGAGGACUGUGUACAGUGGAUGUGACGAAACGAUUGGGCAACAUGGCAGGUCGAGCGACAACGGUAAAGCAACAUCCGUGGUUUUCAAGCAUCAACUGGGAUGAUUUGUACCACCGGCGGAUGAAAGGCCCCAUUAUACCACAUCUGAAAAGCCCAGAUGACACGCGCAACUUUGACGAAUAUGAUCCAGAGCCUGAAAAGAAGGAACCGUAUACAAAGGAAAUGUAUGAAAAGUACGACAAGAUGUUUGCAGAUUUCUAGAGCGCGAAGUCUUCAGACGCAGGUGUGAUGCCAGGAAGAUGACUUUCGGUACUGCAUUGUAAUUAUGAAUCGGCAUUGGAGACGAGGCGAGCAAGCAUGGUGUUUGGCGUACUGGACAAGCCUAUGUGUGCGAUAUGUGACGGGACGAUGGGCAUGAGAUCGGCAUUAUUGUUGUUACGACAGUGGCAUACUCGAUAAACAAAAUGAAGGACCUGGUAGAUGGACACGAGCUCCGACAUCACGAAGCGAGGUACUCCGCUACAUACGAGAACGACCAGAUAUGACUUCUGGUCUGCAGAACGAAUGGGACUGCACAACAACAAGAAACAGCUCAUACUGCACGACUCUUUCUCGUUCCUUCA